AUGGAUAAGAUGAAGUUUUGUGGGGAAUUGGUAACAACCAAAAGAAUGAAGAUAAAUCGUUUCUAUGGCGUGUUAAACGCAGAAAUUAGAGAGUUCAUCACUCCUUCAAAAUGUGAAACCCUCGAUGAGCUCAUUAAUUUAGCACGGGAUAGGGAGAUUGAAAUUAAAAGGCAAGAAGAGCGAGGUGAAAAGAGACCAAGUGAAAAGGGUGCAAGUUUUAGUCCAUCUAAAAAGGGGAAGUUUCAGGAUCAAGGAAGGAAGGGUAAGUCGAAGGGUGGAAUUACUCCAUGCAAGACUUGUGGGAAGCUCCAUACCGGAGAGUGUUUGUUAGGCAAAAAGGGGUGCUUCAAAUGCGGUAAGGAGGGACAUUCGUCUUAUCAAUGCCCGAACAACCCGAAUACUUGUUUCAACUGUUUGGAAAAGGGGCAUAUCAAAUCGGAAUGCCCGAAGCUUCAGCAAGAGUCAAAGAAAGAAGAUAAGAAGUAA